AUGCACGUCCUGAGCCCCUCAGCUGAGUCUGAGCGGGAGCCUGCCGGGUGGGGUCACAGCAGGGAGGAGACAGACCAGCUGGCCCUCGGGGGUGCCUCCCACGGUAAGUGGUCAGUGCUCAGCUGUGAGCCUCCUACCUGGAGAGAGAAGGAAAGACAGCAGAGCAAGGGAGGGCAGGGAGAGGCCUGUGUGCUAGCGGAGGACCCUGCAAGGUGGGGAGUCUUGGAGGAGGGCCCUGGGAGGUGGGGAGUCUUGGAGGAGGACGCUGGGAGGUGGGGAGUCUUGGAGGAGGACCCUGGGAGGUGGGGAGUCUUGGAGGAGGACCUUGGGAGGUGGGGAGUCUUGGAGGAGGACGCUGGGAGGUGGGGAGUCUUGGAGGAGGACCCUGGGAGGUGGGGAGUCUUGCAGGAGGACCCAGGGAGGUGGGGAGUCUUGCAGGAGGACGCUGGGAGGUGGGGAGUCUUGGAGGAGGACGCUAGGAGGUGGGGAGUCUUGGAGGAGAACCCUGGGAGGUGGGGAGUCUUGGAGGAGGACCCUGGGAGGUGGGGAGUCUUGGAGGAGGACCUUGGGAGGUGGGGAGUCUUGGAGGAGGACGCUGGGAGGUGGGGAGUCUUGCAGGAGGACCCUGGGAGGUGGGGAGUCUUGCAGGAGGACCCAGGGAGGUGGGGAGUCUUGCAGGAGGACGCUGGGAGGUGGGGAGUCUUGGAGGAGGACGCUGGGAGGUGGGGAGUCUUGCAGGAGGACCCAGGGAGGUGGGGAGUCUUGGAGGAGGACGCUGGGAGGUGGGGAGUCUUGCAGGAGGGCCCAGGGAGGUGGGGAGUCUUGCAGGAGGGCCCUGGGAGGUGGGGAGUCUUGCAGGAGGACGCUGGGAGGUGGGGAGUCUUGGAGGAGGACGCUAGGAGGUGGGGAGUCUUGCAGGAGGACCCAGGGAGGUGGGGAGUCUUGGAGGAGGACGCUGGGAGGUGA